GUCAUGUGAUCAGCUGUGUCCAAUCACAGCUGAUCACAUGGGACAUGUACACUGAUCAUCAGGGCACUGAUGAUCAGUGUGCCCUGAUGAUCAGUGUAGCCCCAGCAGUGCCACCUGUCAGUGUCCAUCAGUGCCUUAUGUCAGUGCUCAUCAGUGCCUCGUGCCAGUGCCCAUCAAUGCCACAUAUCAGUGCACACCAGUGCACAUCAAUGCCACAUAUCAGUGCCCAUCUGAGCUGCCUUUCAGUGUCACCCAUCAGUGCCAGUCAGUGCCAACUAUCAAUGCUGCCAAUCAGUGCCACCUAUCAAUGCUGCCAAUCAGUGCCACCUAUCAGUGCCAGUCAGUGCCGCCUAUCAGUG